AUGAUGAAAUCAUCAAAAGUUUCAACAAUAUUACUUUUAUUAUUUGUUGUUAUAAUUGGUAGUUUUUGUUUAACAUAUGGUGCACCAUCAACAACCAACCAAAAACCAUUAACAUCAAGCGAAAAGAAACUAUUGAAUGAUUUAUACGAUAGAGCAAAGAAAGCAGGUGGUGUAGUUGAAUUCAAAUCAAAUUUAGAUUCAAAGAAAUUCGUUACCGCUCAAAAUAGACCAUAUGAUUUAUUAGCUCUUUUCACAUCUUCUAAUCCAAAAUAUGGUUGUAGUGGUUGUGUUCAAUUAAAGAAUCAAAUUGAAUCAUUCUCACUUUCAUAUGAACCAUAUUUAAAUUCAGCAGGAUUUUUGGAGAAACCAAUUUUUAUCGUUAUUUUGGAAGUCGAUUAUAAUAUGGAAGUAUUCCAAACAAUUGGUUUAAAUACAAUUCCACAUUUAUUAUUCAUACCAAGUGGAUCAAAACCAAUCACUCAAAAAGGUUAUGCCUACACAGGUUUCGAACAAACCUCUUCUCAAUCAAUCUCUGAUUUCAUUUAUAGUCAUUCAAAGAUUAGAAUUGAACCAGUUAAAACAUUUUAUGAAAAAUAUUCAGUUCAAAUUUUAAGCUUUGUUGUAUUUUUAGCAUCAGUUAGAUUCCUUAUUACUGCCUAUAGAAAAAGAAAAAGUCCAAUGUUUUGGUAUUUCUUAACAAUUUUAUUAUUCGCAUGCGUUAUUAUGGGUAUUUUCUAUGACUUUAUUCAUAAACCAAACUUUUAUGAGUUUGAUCAUCGUCAACAAACUUAUAACUACUUCUCAAGAGGUUCAAGAAGUCAAACUGUUUCAGAGGGUAUGAUCAUGGGUGUUUCAACUAUUGCAAUUACUCUUAUUUUUGUAUUCCUUUCAGAUAUUUUACCAAAUUAUACAAAUUUUUCAUCAAAAAGUAAGGGUUUAUUAUUCUUUAUGGGUAUGUCAUCAAUUAUAGUCUUACUCUUCUUCCAAUCCCUCGCUUUCCAAAUUAAAUAUUACCGUCCAUUAUUUUUCAUUCCAUCUGUCACUUAUCAUUAUUAA